CUCAAUACAGGACCUCAAAUAGGAAAUAUAAGUCCAAGUUUCCAAACAGCAUGGUUAAAAACUAGUUCAAUAAUUUGGCAAUCAAUAAGGAGACGAUUUUUAUCUAUGUUACUGAAUCAAAUUGAGGAAUUUAAUAUAAAUUAUUUAAAGGAACUAAGGGAAAGAAAUGUUUUGACAGAUAGAGUAAUUCAGGAAGUGUAUAUGGAUCAUUUACAUACGAUAGUAAAACACAAACCAUAUGUGAAAGUUCAAAUGGCUAUACAACACCAGAGUUCAUGGAUAAAAGCAAAUCUUGACAAAAAUAUAUUGAACAUGUUUACAGAGAUUAUACAAUAUAUAUCCAGUCCUUUGGAUGAGUUAGUUAUUAUCAUGAAGGAAGAGGAAAUAUCUUGGAAGUGGUGUCUUAUAGCUGCAUCAAUAUGUUUAGAUAUAGACCCUAAUUCACAGAAAUUAAAAAUUAUAAUAGAUAAUCUUAUACAUAGAGCUUUUGAUAAAAGCGAUGCUGAUUACUUAUUGAUUUCAUUUUUACUAGUGAGGCAAGCCUCAUACGAAAUCUAUGCGGAUUUGAUAGCUAUUCGACAUGGUAUGGUUUACUUUUCUUUUAUAUCAGUAUAUAUUUGGUUUUCAAUAAAGUUUGGAAUAGAUUCAAUUGGCCCACCAUCAAAAGAUCAUGCUUCAUUUAAAUUCCUUAUUGGUUUCUUGUCGAGCAUAAUACCUUACGAGAGUGAAGAGAUUUUAAAGAUGCAUUUGGAGAAAAGUUUUGCAGCACCUCCAGGAAGCAUGUCGUUAAUAAAAGAGUACAAGAGUUUAAUUCAAACAAGAUUAUCCGAUAUCAAUCAAGAAGCUUCACAACUUCAUUAA